AUGGAAGAAUCAAACAUAAUGCAAGAGCAUGAACAUGUGAAUGUUCCUCCUCCAACACCAGCAUCAUCCAAUAUGGGAGUUAGGAAGAGAAAAUGGGGGAAAUUUGCAUCAAAAAUAAGGGAUCAAGGGAGGAACAUCAGAAUAUGGUUAGGUACCUAUGAAGAACCACAAAUGGCAGCAACUGCAUGUGAUAUAGCAGCUUUUCACCUCAAAGGACGUGACGCAAGACUCAAUUUUCCUGAUAUGAUUGAGAAGCUUCAAAUGGUCAUGUUGAGGUUUUAUAUUCUUGUAAGCUCCAAAGUAGAGGAUAUUCGUGUGGCAGCUCAACAAGCAGCAUUGCAGUUUAAGAGGAGAUCAUCAUCAUCAUCUGAAGGGAGUAUCAAUAGCAGUAAUGGCGGUGUUGUUUUAAAAGACAAUGAUGGGGCUUAA